AUGAAUUGAGAUUCCCCUUGAGGUUCUACUACUAAUCAAUUUACUAAAGGCUUUAAGCGAUCUAACAACUGGAAAGAGUUCAAAGAAACUAAAGCGUGAGGAGGACUUAACAUCACGUUAGUUGAUACUCACUACAAAUCUGUUAGUGAUGGUCAUGAGAUAAAAACUAAGAAACUGAAGCAAGGGGACCUCACACCUAAUGAUUCAAAGCAGCUUACAACAAAGAGUAUAAACCCACAAUUUCAAAACUUUCAGUAUGAUUUUAAUAAAUUGUCUCAAAAGCCAAAAAUAUUGCAGAAUAAAAGAAGAUGGAGAAUUAUAAACAAAACUGGAAAUGAUAAGGCAGAAAAGGACUCAAACUUGAUAAUGAUCCAUUCCUUGGUUAGAGGGCGAGAAAAGGUCAAGUUUGAAAGACUCAAUAAUACGACAUCAUUCCAGAAAUUAAAUCAAGACCUUGAACGUGUUCAAAAAUGCAUACAGAGUCCUAAAGGAGAAGAUAAAUCCCGCCAGAACAAGCGUAUCUUAAAGCCUGUGCUAUCAGAGACCUGCUCAAGAUUUAACUAACAGCCACCACAGAAGUGCUUUUGCCUCAACAUCUACAAACAAGUCAACCAUGAACAGCACUAAUUUCCUUGUUCGAGGAUACUCAAGACAGAAAUAAGAUGAGAUCCAACACAGAUGGGAGAUCAAGCCAAAAGAGUUUAAAAAAGAAGAUGAUCACUUAUAAAUUCCGGCCGAUAAAUCCUCUGCAGCUUAAGACUAAGGCCAAUCUAGAGAAGAUCCGGAAGGCUAAAGAAAAGGCAAAUUGCACUAUUAAGAACCUUCGAAAUGAGAUUUCUUUUCCUAAAACUGAUACUUUUGUUCAGAAAGAUCCGGAGUAUUCAGAGUUAAUUAAGUUUUGUUCUCCUUUCUCAAGAAAUGCAGAUCCUAGAAAACUUCACCUGUUUACUCGACAGCAAAGAAGAAGGCGCUUUCAGAAGGAGCCUAUGAAACAACCAAAGAAAGUGGUUCAACAGGAUGACA